AUCUACGCUUUGGGAUUUCGAUUUCAAUUUCAAUGGUGGCGUUUAAAAAAAGCUGGAUUCGAUUGAGAUUUUGAUUUUGAUCCAUCCAUCACAUUUUUUUCAUUUUCAAUCAUUUCCCUCCAGUUUUUCCACGCACGCUUUACCCUAUCCAAAUAUCUUUAUCAUAUUUUUCAAUUUUCAAACAUUAAAAUCAUUAAAUUUAAUUUUUAUUUUUAUUUUUCCCCGCUCCAGCAUAAAAAGGCUCCAACUAAUUUUAAUCAUCAUUUCAAAAAUCUUCUUUUUCGUUUUCUCUCUGCUGCUACUGCACUUUAUCUUUUCUAGGGUUUCUGCGUUCUCAUUUCUCACUCAGGUUCUGUUGAUAUGGAUUCUACCGUACCGUCGUACCAACACCGAACACUUUCAAUCAAGUUGUGGCCUCCAAGUCAGAGUACUAGGUCGAUGUUGGUUGGACGGAUGGUCAGGAACUUGACGACUCCGUCCAUUUUCUCUAGAAAGUAUGGACUUCUUAACAAAGAUGAGGCUGAGAAGGAUGCAAAGGAAAUUGAGGAUGCAGCUUUUGUGACUGCGACCCAACACUUUGAAAAGGAGCCCGAUGGUGAUGGGAGUUCUGCUGUGCAAAUUUAUGCCAAGGAAUCGAGUAAGCUUAUGUUGGAGGUUUUGAAAAGAGGACCAAGAGGGAAGGAGGAGAAUGGGGAGUUGAUAUCUGAAAAGGGUGAUGCUGCUGUUGAAACUGUUUUUGACAUUUCUGGGGGUCGCAGAGCUUUCAUUGAUGGGGAGGAAGCUUCAGAGCUUCUAAAACCAUUGAUGGGACCAAACUCUUUUACAAAUAUAUGUUUCAGUAAUAGAAGUUUUGGUUUGGAUGCUGCUCAUGUCGUUGAACCCAUGCUAAUAUCAAUUAAAGAUCAACUGAAAGAGGUAGAUCUGUCAGAUUUUAUUGCUGGGAGACCAGAAGCAGAAGCUAUUGAAGUGAUGAAUAUAUUUUCUUCUGCACUAGAAGGAGCUGUGUUGAGACAUCUUAACCUGUCAAAUAAUGCCAUGGGCGAAAAGGGGGUUAGAGCAUUCCGGGCACUCCUUAAAUCACAAAAUGACUUGGAGGAGCUUUAUUUGAUGAAUGAUGGUAUAUCAGAGGAAGCUGCAAAAGCAGUUGCUGAAUUGAUCCCUUCCACUGAGAAGCUUAAGGUUCUUCAUUUCCAUAAUAACAUGACUGGAGAUGAAGGAGCAUUUGCAAUAGCUGAUGUUAUGAAACGUUCCCCAGCUUUGGAAGAUUUUCGGUGUUCAUCUACCAGAGUAGGCGCUGAAGGUGGUGUUGCUCUUGCUGAAGCGCUUGGGGCUUGCACGCAUUUGAAGAAGCUUGAUUUGCGUGACAACAUGUUUGGUGUGGAAGCUGGAGUUGCUCUAAGUAAAGUUAUACCUGUAUUUGCUGAUCUUACAGAGAUAUACCUCAGUUAUUUGAACUUAGAGGACGAUGGUGCAGAAGCCCUUGCUAAUGCUUUGAAGGAAUCUGCACCGUCACUGGAAAUUUUGGAUAUGGCUGGGAAUGACAUUACUGCUAAAACUGCUGUUUCUGUAGCUGAAUGUAUAUCAUCAAAGCAGUUCCUCACCAAGUUAAAUUUAUCCGAGAAUGAAUUGAAAGAUGAAGGUGCAGGUUUAAUCAGUAAGGCGCUGGAAGGUCUUGGCCAAUUAAGUGAAGUUGAUCUGAGUACAAAUUUGAUCACAUGGUCAGGAGCCAAACUGUUGGCAGAAGCUGUUGUCCAGAAACCUGGAUUUAAGUUGCUGAAUGUUAAUGCUAACUUCAUUUCUGAUGAAGGGAUUGACGAGUUAAAGGACAUAUUUAAAAACUCACCUGACAUUCUGGGUCCUUUGGAUGAGAAUGAUCCUGAAGGAGAGGACAUUGAUGAAGAGGCUGAAGAAAAUUCCGAUAAUGAUGAAUUGGAGUCAAAACUGAAAGGCCUUGAGAUUUAAGAAGAUUCAUAGGACUCUGUCAUGCGAUUGCUACUUCAGAUUAAUUUGUAGGCCAAUUAUGUUUGCAAUAGACAUACUUUUUUUAUACUGAGCAGCUAGCAUUUUAAUCUUUGUAUUUUAGAUUUUCGAUUCCAUAACUUGGCUUAUUGAAGUUUACCAGAUAUAUGCUCUUAAUAUAUCUGGCAAGACAAGAAAUAGGCAAAUGGUAUGAAUGGUAGAAUUUUUUGGGCUUUAUUGUGCCUUUUGCUGGCAAUUUAUUAUCUUUGAUUGCUGAUUCGUGCUUAAAUAUUUGCAAUUGAUUCAAUAAGCAGGUUAUUACA